AUGGCAACCACACACAUACAACCACAGCAGCUUGGGGGUGCAACCCGCCGCCAGUCGACCGACGACUGGGAAAACUGGGAAGAUGAGGAUGUCGUCACCCCGAUAGACCCGAGUGAGCAAGUCGCGGUCGAGGUCGCGCCCCCAAACUCCUAUUCAUCGACACAACAGAAACCCCAUGGCCCACGACAAUCGCUGCCAAGACUUCCAACCACCAGAGUCCGGCGCCUCAAAUCAAAGCACAGGCAGAGGGCACAGAAUGCAAUGGCUGGGAUCAAGGUCAUCACGGACAUGACCACGUUUCGAGGACUGGACCAAGCUCAUCCACACAACGGAAAACCUGCCAAGUUCGUCGAUGCUGCGGCGCUCAGGGCACUGGAAGGUGAACCCAACUCGGCCUCUGUAGGCAACUGGAACUGGCUCAAGAAGAAUAAGGGCAAGAGCCCUGCCUCGGCCACGCCUCAGACUGCGACCCCAAAGAGCGGAGGCGUCAAUCUGACACCAGGAGAUGCGCCGAUCAUGAUUGGCAUCUCAUUCCCUUCUAGUGAUGAGAACACAGGUGGCGACAAUGCGCCAAGGGUUCCGAGCGCCAGCCCUGUCCAAGGGCCAGCACAUGCCCCACGGGCGCCAUCAGGGCCACAGAUAUCGGUCUGGUCCCCUGACACGCCAGAAACUGCGUCAACCACCAACGGCUUCCGUCCCGCAUCGAGCGUAUAUUCACAGGCCACCAGCCUCAGUGGGUCUAAGCAACCCAUCAAUGAAGACGUGCCUCCUGUGCCUGCCCUGCCGUCCGGCUAUAAGACGUCUGCCCAUCGCCGACUCAUCAGUCUCGAAGGCGGCCACAACAGCGAUGAUGGCGGGUCGCCAUGCACGCUCUUCGAAGAGGAUGGAAGCCCCAAAACUCCAAGGUCGGCCCUGCAACAGAGGAUGAAAGCAGCGGGCUUGACACCUGAUAGCGCGGGUUCCAGGGCCAACGGGUGGUGGGAUCACGUUGUCACACCUUUCCUGGACAAGCGGUUCACAUUUCAGAGCAGAAAGACAAGGCUUGAUUCGCCGAUCAUGGCAGGCGAGGCGCAGACUCACAACAGCCCUUCUCACGACUUCACUGUCGAUGAAAAGGCCCCUCAGGCUGUCGCCUUGCCCGUACCUCGCGCGAGCCCGCCUCCUAUCGUUCGAGCGCCGACGCCUCGCAGGACACCGACUCCCCCGACAUCUGGGCACCGUCGCUCCGCACAGCCAACACCACCUACCUCACUGGCGUCAAACAAUCCUUUUUUAUCUGAGAAGACUCAUGUCACGCUCACGCCGAACCUAGGCCUCGGGACUCCCCCACCCUAUUCUCCGCCGAGACAACCCCAUGAGCAAAGUAGUGGCGUCCCCAUCCGAUACCGUGCAGUCUUCCCACCUGGCCACCCGCUCCAGGCUCAGUUUCCGCCAUCGCCUGUGCCUGGCUCGCCGGGGCUAGCGGCUACCAUGACAUCGCAAGGAGCCACUCAGAUGACCAAUAUCCCCAUCACCCCUACAUUUCCCCCAGACAUGCCAGCACCUCUACGAGUGCCGUUGCCGGAUCGCGCGCUGGCAACCACUCUUCUCCAAGAACACUCACACGAUGCCCGUGGCGACGAGCGCAAGGUAGAACGUGAGCGGCGGCGACAUGAGAAAGAGGACAUCAUGGCCCGUAAGCUUGGUGGCUUCUGGCGAGGCAGGGGUUGCAUUCCUGCCACUGGUUGCUUUGGGAGGACAGGUCGCGAAGGGCGGAAGCGCAGAAGAUGGUGCCUGGUGAUAACUGCCCUGCUUCUCUUGCUCAUCAUCCUCGCCACUGUGCUAGGUGUCGUACUCACGCAACCCAAAGGAUCCCACGAGGUCGAGUCGAUCUGGCGCAACUUGACCGACUUUCCGCCCAUGCCAACAGGUGUCAUGACGGUAGUGGGGAGCGACAACAUUGUUGCAAAGUCUGGCUGCACUGAGCCGUCCACUCUCUGGAGUUGUUCCCUGCCCAAGGAGCAGCAUGAGUCUGUCGCCCCUUACAGGGCGAACCAGCCGACCUUUAUCAUGCAGAUCCAAUGGGACAACAGCACUCGCGAGCAGUGGAACGUCCCGAAUGGCGAGCCUCCAAAAUCUGUGGCGCGACGCUCCAAGGGGAUGGCCGCCUCGGCGCGCGCCUUCGUUCGUGACGGUCAAGCCACCGAGUUCAAACCAAAUCCCGAGCCACCGGCCUUUGAGGACAUGUGGUUCCUAGGGGACACCACAGACGAGAUCGAAUCCGAUGAGAAGGCUGGCGAGCCUGCGCCAUUCUUCAUCAGCUUGCUUGACUCUGUCGAUGAUGAGGUUGAGAAUCCUGUCCUUGACAAAAGACAGACAAGGAUAGGUGAUGAUCUUGUCAAGGACCUCAUAUCGGCAGCGGAUCUCGGAGAGGACGGUACGCCGCAACCAGCGCGCAUGCUCCCAAGUCCCGGUCAGCAGCCCGUGCGAUUGUACGACCGCGGUCUACCCACGGAGCACUACGGCUUCUACACGUACUUCAAGCGGACAAUCUACCUCAAAUCGCUCAACAACACCGACAAUGACGUUCCACUUGACAUUGAUGGCGGCUGCACGCAAAGCGAAGCAAACUACUACGCGACUUGGUCGCAGACCCGUAUGCUCGUCCAGAUCUGGACCCGGACUUUGGAAGACGGCUCUCAGCUCUUGCCGGAAGGUGACAGCAUAGAGGGCACCCCCGAACUGGUCAGACCAGGCACAAUGCCCUAUCCAGUGACCGUGACACUCGACACACACGGCGGAAAUCCCAAGGAGAAGUUUGUCUGGUACUGGCCCGUUGACGAGCGAGGCCAGCUGGACCAGGACAACCCCAAGCUGCUUCCCAACGAUCUGGAGUUCGCAGGGACUGUCGUGAACCACCGGAAGGAUACCAACGAUUCGUUUGGGGGCUACGACGGAGGGACAGGCGGUUGUCGAUGUGAAUGGGUCAACUGGACGUGA